AUGAGCCUAGAAGAGUGGGUGGAACAGCGGUAUGCACGCCCUGUUGUCGUUGUGGAAGGCAGUCCUGCGGCAGAUGCAAUUUGUGCCCGUAAUGGUAUGGAUCUCAUUCACCUGCUACGCCUGCACAGCGUGUACAGGGGAGGGCCGCUCAGUGCCCGUGUCAGGGACCGCAGUGAUACGGUCGUGUGCAACCAGUUUGGUGUUCGCCUGAUGCGCACCGAGUGUGUGCGUAACGUUGCGCUGUCCCAGGUGACACGGCACACUCGACGCCUACUGCGGAACGCGGCGGCGAUCGACCUUGCCUAUGGGGAGCAGCUGGAUGCGGCACUGGCAGAGAUUGUCGAGAAGAAUCGCAGUCGCCACAACGGAUCGCUGCCUCGACCAGUCCGGCCGACCCAACCGUCCACAACGUCGUCGUCCUCCGCGUCAUCGACGAUAAUCGGCGGACCAGCAGCGGUGCCGACGCUGCUGGAGCGCGCCUGCCCCACGUGGCACCGCUCUUUCAUCCGCGACUUCCACAGUCUCGUGCGAUGCAGCUCCUUUGAUACCAUCGACUACCCCAUCGGGGUUCUCUUCGCAGCUUCCACGACCGAGGCCGGGGGCGUCGAGGGCAUCUUCCAGGUCUUCCGUGCGCAGGCACGGCGCAUCCAAGAGCUGUGUGCCAGCCUCCCUGGCAUGGACACAGAGCUCCACCAGUACUAUCUCAUCCUGCACGACAACACGUCACCGCUGAGUCCGUCGCUGAGCACCGCACGACAGGUCCUGACGGCCGUGCAACAGUUCUACGGGGUGAACUACUGCGCCCUCGUCAAGGUAAACUCGGUCGUCGACCCACGCACCGUAAAGAACCUUGACCCCUCCAUGUGGAUCGAGGCCUCGCCAGCGGUGAUGGACGUGCCGUCUGCGCAGGCACUCCAUCAGGCAGCCGCCGCCGCAUCGUCCCUCCCCUCGGGCUCCCCGACGCUUUCGUUCCGCACGCUGCACGGCACCUGCGGCACCUGGCCAAACUCGAACACCGCCAUCAUCACCGGGUGCUACAUGAGUCCCGAGGACGUAACGGAGGUGCACAACGUCAUGGCCUACUACCUCUCCCAGUCUCUCUUCAGGUUUGUGGAGCGGCGGCUGAGCAUGCUCGACGUUUCCGUGCAGGAUCGGCGCACAACGACGCUGGGGAAGAUGGCGGCGUGGUUUAAGGGCAAGGACGAGGUCCGACCUCGCACUGCCGACGUUGUCAACAAGCCGAACGGCUUUGACUCGCCCGCGCUCCCAAAGUACGUAGCGCACUCGUUGGAGAUGCAGAUGCGGCACUGCGGCGAUCUCUCGCUGGCGUUGCACGACCUGAAAGGUGCUGUCUCGUACUACCGCAUGUGCAUCGAGGAGCUGCUCGAGACACUGACGUUGCGGCCGUACAACAGGGCCCUCAUCGCGGCGUGCCAAGAGGGCAUUGGCGUCGCACAGCUCCUGCAGGGCAAGCUGGCGACGCAGAGCCUGACACCGUGGUACACCGGUGUGACGUCUGCGACCCAGCGGGUGAGCUCGCAGACAAACCGGUGGGAGGUGGCGUGGAACGACUACUUGGCAGCUGGAACGCAAACCUACGCGACUCGCAUCGCCUUUCUCCUCUACGAGAGCAGCCGAGUGCGUACCCCGCCCAUGCUGGAUCGGUGCCAUGCAAUCCUGAUGCACCUGCAGCGGAGCGGCAUCCUGCGGCGGCAAAACCUGCUGAGCGGCGUUGUGAACGACAUGAUGGCCGGCAUCGCAGCCUUCACGAACCCGCCUUUUUCAGCUGGGUUGGCGGUGACGCUAUCAAUCCCAAGAGACUACCCUGUGUACAUGAGCCUGCGCCAGUUUGCGCAGCGGCUACAGCAGGCAGGCGCACUGUACCGCGCCGACAACUCAAUCGAGCAGGCGCUUCGAUGCUACCUUCGUGUGCUGGAGCUUCUCCGCGUGAUUGACCCGCAGGAGACGUGGAAAACGCUCACCGAGCACCUCUACCUGACCGUUGGCCAGCUCUACACGCAGCUGGGCCAGGAUGUGCGCGGGAUUGCCUUGAGAAGCGCCGCCAUCGCGCAAGGAACGCCGUUGUAUCGCAACCCUGCCACUGCACAGCAGGCGUUUGAGGACUUCUGGGCACAACAGAAGCGCGUGCUCUCCAGCAUGGGCUACGCUUUGUGCCCGCACAUGCCGAUGCCUCGCAUUCUGCGCGACUCCUUUCACGUUGACCGCAACUACUACAGCACCGACGCGCUGACGGACGACGCGGCACACAAGAUGAGCGAGACAACGGCAGAGACGGAGUGGCGCAGCAUGGAGAAACAUCUAAAGAAGAGCUACACAGAGACGGUGCUGAGGGCUCACCCGCGCUACCGCUUCCCAGCCUUCCAGGGAGGGAGCAAAGAUAGAAGCCACGGCGCGGCCCAUAGACGACAAAGCCAGAGCGGCCAGAGCACCCACGAUGGGUGCAGGCACACGACCUACAAUAGCCACCAGCGCAACGCGGCAGUCCGCGCACAUGGUGGGGCCUUGUCGCCACCGCUGCCGGCGGUGUCGCGGGAAGCAGGGGCGCACCAGGACGAUGACGUGCUUGCUGUGGCGGGGACCACGUCAGGCAGCACCGCACAGUUGUCGCGGCACUACACUAUCGCGAAGGCCGAGCCGCUCGUAUUGAACUUCGUCAUGGAAAAUACCGUCGGCUGCUCGAUUGAGGCGACAGAGUUGACGCUGCUCUACCUUGACUACGCGUCACCCGAGCAGCUGUGGAAAAGCUCGAUGACACAGGCGGUGCGCCUGGAGGCCGGCGCGCGCCAGCGUGUCUCCCUCCCUUUCGAUCUUGUGUCGGAGGGCGAGUACGCCAUCAUUGGCCUGUCCUGGUCUUUGCUGGGUCAGGAAGGGUACUACUACUUUGCCACGCGGGAAAGCCGGCCUGGAUGCCCGGAGAGCCUGUACGAGUACGCGAUCGAGCACCCAAUGCCCUCGCUCGAUGCCCCGGAGAACAUUCAAGUGAGCGUGACGUCAUCGAAGGCGUGUGUCACUGCCACCUUCCGACCCCCGCUUCCCGAACACCUAUACGACGGUGAGUAUUUUCACACCAACCUCAUCGUGCAGAACACCAGCGCGCAGCAGGAUGCGGCGCAUGUGGUUCUGCAACGCAGCCCCGUGGCAUCACAUCUCAUGUACAUCGAGGAAUUUGGCCGGCUGCAGAACCUCAAGCGAGAGGCCCCGUUGGUGCUGGCGGAGCACCUGAAGGCGCAAGAGACUCGCACUUUCGCCGUCACCAUACGCCCGCAACAUCGUCGCGGCGAUACGGCGCGGCAGAACACCCCAAAUUACUUUUUUCUCCUUCUCGCCUACCUUCCCGAGCCCCUGUCGGUGCCAGAGAUGUCGCUUCCUGGCUCCGCGAGCGUCCCGGGGGUUGAAACGCCCAGUAUUACCCCGCCGACAGGGUCACUAUCGUCGACAGCGAUGCUGUCGCCCACUUCACCGUUGCACCGGCAGUUCCACACCCCGACCGCUCCUGUUGUUGCCCUCAGUGCUGCGAGUGGGCCGACCAUCAUGGUACGCCUACAUCGGUUGCUGCGCCGGUGCGAAGUCCAGCCAGUAGUGGCAAUGCACUCGACAGUGCUUCCGCCAGCCAACGCAUCACUGCAAACAGCUGUGGUGCUGACAGUAAAGAACAUUAGCCCGACCGCGGAACGUACCCCUAUUUCCGCUACUCUCGUGACCGCAAUCAUUUCCAAGGGCGGCGAGCCUACCUCCAUCACGCCGACGAGCGCCACUGAUGUCGUGCAGGCGGUGCCAGUAUCAAGCAGCGGGCCGGUCAGCAGGUUGUAG